ACUGGCAGAAGCAGACGCAGUGUUGAACGUUCAAUCGCAGUGAGUGGAAUGACGAAGUGGUGGUGGCUUGACUGAAAAUCGCGUGUUCUUUCAGCUGCGUUUUCAGAACUGCAUUUUUCAGCGACUUGGACUUUCACGACGGAUAUUCCAGUAUGGAGCAGCGACUGAGGUUCAUCCGUUUGGCUAGCUUCGUAAUUGUGCUAGGAAUUAGCGGUUUGACCGACGCUAUGGGCUUACAGGGGAAGCGCGCCAAGUGCUUUCAGGAGGGCCAGCCGAUCGCCGUGGACCACAUUGACAAAUCGAAAUGUUACUCUUGCGUUUGCCAGAACGGCCUGGUGGAGUGCAAGCGCGAGUACUGCCCCCCGACGGAGGGCUGCCACAUGCUGGUGGAGAAGACCGAGGACGGAUGCUGUCGGAAGUGCAAAGGAUGUAUCUACAACCAAGUGCACCAUUCAAGUCACACGGAAUGGACGGAUCCUGAUAACCCCUGCAAAGUCCUGCGGUGCGAGGCUGGGAUUGUCACCGUGUCGGACUUGCAGUGUCACACCCCUUGUGCCAAUCCUUUGCCACCGGAGCCCGGAAAAUGCUGCAGGACUUGUCCGGAAUGUAAAAUCAACGGUCAGGAGGCCACCGACGACCGCGACGUGAUCUCGGACGACCCCUGUCUGAAGUGUCGCUGCCACAAGGGCCGCAUGACCUGCUCGAAAAAGGCCUGCCCUGUGCUCCAGUGCUCGCCCACCAGCCAGGUGUACCCCCCGGGCGAGUGCUGCCCUGUGUGCCGCGGCACGCGCGUGCUAAUGAACGUCCCCAAAAGCUGCCGAGUGCAGACCUCGUUCAUCUGGGAAGAGCACAAAUUCAACAUCGACAAAUGCACGAACUGCACUUGCCGCAACGAGACCUCGAUCUGCCAACGGUCGGCGUGUCCGGUCCUGGAUUGCGCGCCGGACUUGCAAAAAUCCGUGCCCGGAAGCUGCUGCAAGCAGUGCAUCAUCCCGCAAGAAGUGCGGAUGGAGUGCCGCUUUGGGGACCACUAUUAUGAGGAUGGCCAGUCGUGGAAACUUGAUGCUUGCAGGUCGUGUAAGUGCCACAGGGGAAGGCCCAGUUGCGCGAUGACGAGGUGUAAUGUCACGCUGCCGUGUGCGCCGGGGACCAAGUUGGUGCAUGUCCCGGGGGAGUGCUGCGAGAAGUGUGUGGAAGUCGAAGGCGUGUGCAUGGUAUUCGGCGACCCCCACUACAAAACCUUCGACGGCAAAAUCUACACCUUCCAAGGCAUCGGCAAAUACCUCCUAACCUCCGACACCAAAGCCCAGACGUUCUCAAUCCGCGUGGCCAACGACUUCCACAACAAAACCUACAAGAACGCCAUAAUCACCAAACGCGUGGCCAUCCGCUACGAGGACUUCCGCUUCAACCUGCAGCAAAAAGGCCGCGUCAAGCUCAACCGCAAGAAGCUCACGCUCCCGUACAAAAAGGACGGCAAAGUGAGCAUCGAGAAGCGCAACGGCAACGUGGAGGUCACCUUCCAGAACGGCGUGAAGAUCUUCUGGACCGGCCAGAGCUUCCUGGAGGUGACCGUGCCCGCCGCGUUCAAGAGCCGGCUCUCGGGCCUCUGCGGCAACUUCAACGGCAACGUGCAGGACGAGUUCAGGACGCGCAAGGGGCGCGUGUUCAAGGACAGCGAGGCGCUGGCCUUCGGCGCCUCCUGGUGCGCGGGCUCGCGGGCCGCCUGCCUGUCCGCGCACCGCAGCAGCCGGCAGCUGGCGCGCGAGUCGCUCUGCGCCGGCCGCCGGCCCGAGAAGAACCGCUGCAAGUACCUGACCAAGGCGGAGUUCUUCGGCGAGUGCGAGUCCAAGCUCAACUACUUCAAGUACUACAAGACGUGCAAGAUGGACAUGUGCAAGUGCCCCUCCGGGCGCUGCCACUGCGACAGCCUGCUGGCGUACGCGCGCGAGUGCGAGAAGCUGGGCGUGCAGGUGGCCGCCGGCUGGAGGAAGGAGAGCCUGUGCGAGGAGGCGGCGCCGCGGCCGAAGACGACGAGCCGGCGGCCGGCGUUCGCGCACGUGGACAUCGAGCGCUUCAAGCGGCAGAAGAACGCGACGAGGGCGCGGAGCCCCGUCUUGAUACACUAGGGGGAGGAGAGUCAGCUAGUCAACUUCAGUAUUGCCGGCGCUUGUAGCUAAAUGUAAAUAAUUUCCCGAGUAUUAUUUGAGUGGCGGCCGCCGCUGUAGUGUUCGUACCAAAGAGAAUUCGUGUUUGCUUCAAGGGCCACGUUUAGAAUUGUUUUGCCUUAAACAAUUUAUUUGUAUAUACGUUUUAGUAUUCUAGAUAGAUGAAGGAUCUCCGUUGUGUAAUUAAGUAAGUGUAAAAAUUAUUGUUCCUAAAUGUUUUACCCACAAAUUACAUUAACUUGCCACGUGCGUAAAUGCUGUAUUUAGCUGGUGAGGAGUAGCACUCUAAGCGAAUAUUGUACCUAUUUGUGUAAGUUUGUAUUGAUUUAAGACGUACCUCUAAUAUUUAUUCGGCCGCGUGCCACACGAUCUAACAGUAAUUGUAGGGAAUUUGCAAUGUACUUUAAUGUUAUUCUUUUAUUUAUUUAUGUUACAAGAAUUUUUAUUGUAGUAUUUUUUAAUUUACAAACUAGUUGUAAUAAAGGAUGAAUCAAC